GUAGGCUGUGGGUCUUCCGUAUUUGGGGUGAAUUGUCUUAUAAAUCUUUCUUUAUAUUAUGUCAUUUUCGUUUGAUCCACACGGGCGUUAACAUCUUUGGGAGCAACAUGAGUAUUUCUUUAAUGCGCAAACAUCUGAACGAGAUGGGGAUCCUAAAGCUCAGACAGCCCACGGGUCGCAACUAUAUACCCAUGGCCGGUCCUCCUCGAUUUCCGAUGAGUUCUGCACAGCGUUUGAUCAUUGGAUGCGGUUCCUUGGUCGUCAUGAUGAUCAUUCCCUUCUACUGCCUCUUCAGUCUUCCUCGAUGGUCGAGGAUGCAUUUGGGAUUGCCGCCUGCAGAGGAAGAGCAGGCAGAGGAACCUACACCCCAAGAGGCCCACGAUGAAAAGGACCAGGACAAGGACAAAAAGGAAGAGAAGAAGAAAUAGAUCCCAAACCUUAAGACACGCUUUCUUUUAAACGGUGACUUCUGAUUAACACUUUUCUGGGGCCUCCAUAAGAAAACUUUGCAACUGCGUGGAGCUAUUUAUCAACAUCACAGCAUAUUAAAAUUGCCAGAUUGAUCGUUAAAACAAA